CUUCAUGUUCUUUUCUUCUUCACAUGUUCAUGCUUUGGAAGUGAUUCCAAACCAAAACAAUAAUUUUACAAAGUGAUUCCAUACUUUAAUUUUACUCCACCCACAUUCUGUUCAACUCUCUUACAUUAGAAUGAACAAAUGAAUUAAAAAGAUAUCAUUCAUAUGCACACCAUUGACAAGAUCGACAAGUGUAAAACCUGUAAAAUUAUAAUGGCGAAGAUGAUUAUCAGAGUUCGAAGCAGAGAUGGGUUAGAGCGAGUUUCAAUCGAAAACCCAAACAUCACAAUUUCCCAACUCAAAACCCUAAUCGAAUCCCAACUCAAAGUCCCCAUUCCCACCCAAACCCUAUCCACAAAUCAGAACCUCUUGCUCGCCAAAACCCCCUCUGAAAUCCCCAAAUUCACCGACAUGUCCAACCCUAAUACCCCAAUCUCCACCCUCCGAAUCGCCCACGGCUCCAUCAUCUACCUCGCCUACCCCGGCGAACGCGCCGUCGCCGGUCCCAAUUUCCGCCCGCCGGCUUCAUCCGCCCGCCGCAAGAUGACCUUGGACGAUCUAAUCGCCAAGCAAAUGCGAAUCACCCGCCAAGAAAACCCUAAUUGCAAACAUGUAUCGUUCGAUCGUGGUGCGGCCAAUUCGUUUCAGAACUACGUGAACGAGUCGCUUGGAUUUGCUGUCAAGCGCGGCGGAGUUAUGUACGGCACAGUGUCGCCGAAGGGGAAAGUUGAGGUUGAUUUUAUCUAUGAGCCGCCGCAACAGGGGACGGGGGAGAAUUUGAUCCUCUUUAGAGACCCUAAUGAGGAGAAAUUGGUUGAAGCAAUUGCAAUUGGGUUGGGGAUGAGGAAAGUAGGGUUUGUAUUCACUCAGAUGAUCAGUCAGAGCAAGAAGGAUUACACGAUGUCGAAUGCGGAGAUUUUGCAGGCGGCGGAGAUGCAGGGGGAGAGUGGCUUGAAGGAGUGGGUGACGGCGGUGGUGAAAUUGGAGGUGGAUGAAGACGGCGGUGGCAACGUGCUUUUUGAGGCGUUUCAGAUGAGUGAUAUGGGUGUUAGAUUGUACAAAGAAGGGUGGUUUGAGAAGGAAAUUGGGAGAAAUUUUGAUCCAAAGGUGUCAAGAAUGAAGAAAGAUGUGGUUGUUGGAAGCAAGAAUACUAGGGAAGUUGAUAAUGACUUUUUCUUGGUGGUUGUUAAGAUAGUUGAUCACCAGGGCCCCCUUUCAUCAACCUUUCCUAUUGAGAACAGGAACACACCAGUGACAAUGAAAGCCCUGAAGCAUCAUCUGAACCGAACAAGAAAUCUUCCAUUUGUGAAGCGAAUUUCUGAUUUUCAUCUGCUGCUCUUGCUGGCAAGGUUUUUAGAUGUCAGCACUGAUGUUCCCGCAUUGGCAGGGUGUGUACAAACACAGACACCUGUGCCAGAAGGUUACAAGCUUCUAAUCGAGUCCAUGGCCAGUGCUUGUUGAUACUGAUUGCAACUGAUCCUUCUUAUCAAUCCUUUGGAUGGCUUCUAAUUUGGCUCUUUGGGUUGGUUGUAACUGAAAUAUUGAGAGCAUCAUAUUGCUUCAAUUUGUUAGUAGAUAUUUAGAUUUUACAAAGCCAUGUUAUAGUACAAAUACUUGCUUUGGCGGUUGAUCAAGAUGGAGUUGGAAUUUGGAUCAUGAGUUUAUGUAUAUAUGUAUAUAUAUUCUCGUAAAUAUUUACUAGGGAAAUUCUAAUAUACGCCUCAAAUUAUGUCAUUUUCUUAUUA